ACAACGCCAUUUUGCUUGUUCUGGCAUAACCUAAUUUUAGGUUAGUGAAUCGUGAUUCUCUCGGCCCCUCACACACAUAGAACAGAAUACUCUAGAGUCCAGAUCGAGUCACAGAAGUGCUCCACUUUCCUCUAAUCUAUCUCGAUUUCAAAGCUCUAAUGCAAGCUACUGCGGAACCCUAUCAAGCGAGCUGUUGAAGAAUCUGUCCAGCAAGCUUCCGCAGAACCAGAUCAUGCGAGCUGUUACAGAACUAGUCCGACGAGCUUCUGCAGAACCAGUCCGGCAAACCUCACGAGCUCUCAACUGUUCAAUCCUGUUCAUGUUCCUUGCCUCUCUUUCUCAACCUGACCGUCGUCUUGCCUCUCCUCUGUUCGUCGCAUAUGUGUUGGACAUUGGCAUCUUCAUUCUCGAUUCUCAACUGACCUCUCAUCUUUAGCAUCUUUCAGUUCGGUCAGGUCUGCUUCCAGCCUCGUCUGCCAUCUUCAAUCUUCAUUAAAAGCAUCUUGUAGGUGUUUCAGGAAAUAUAAUUUCUUGCAAGAAAGUUCCACAUGAUGUUCGCCAUAGGAUGGUUCAAUCUUUGAAAGAAGUGUCAUUGGUGAAUAAGAGGAAGCUUGAUGAUUCAGACAUGUCUGAAGAGUUUAUUGAUAACCCAGAAGGUGAAGUAAUUACUCCAAAUCCAGAGCCAAGUAAGCAAGCUAAGAAGGACAUUGCAAGCAUGCCCCAUGUAGCUGACCUUGCAACAAAGGCAUCAAAAAUUACUGUUUUUGUGUACAAUCAUAUGGCUUUUCUUUCAUGGCUUAGGAGAAGAGAUGGCUGGAUAGAAACUAUGCACCCAGGAGUGACCAGGUUUGCUACUACUUUCAUUACAUUGAAAAGUUUGCAUGAGCACAAGCAUGAUUUGCAAGCCUUGGUCUUAGAUAAGUACUUUCAUAAUAAUAAACUAUUAAGGACUAAAGUUAGGCAACUAGUUGGUGACAUUGUGUUGGACAAGAAGUUUUGGGAUGAUUACUAUCAAAUUGUAUGUCUUGUGGGUCCUCUUAUCAAGCUACUAAGAAUUGUAGAUGUUGAUGAAAAACCAUAUUUGGGUUAUGUUUAUGAGGCUAUGUAGAGAGCAAAGAAUUCAAUCAAAAAUUUCUUUCAUAGAAAGAAGGAACAAUACAAGCCUUGCACAAGCAUAAUUCAAGCAUGGUGGGAUAAGCAUUUGAAGUGUGAUUUGCAUGUAGCAGCCUACUUUUUAAAUCCUGCAUUCUUGUAUGACUAAGGAUUUAUUGAGAAGAGUAGAGUGACAAAAUCAAUGUUGGACUAUUUUUCAAUAUACAAGUCUACCCAUGAAUAUUCUAACAUGAUUUUUGAGUUGCAAAUGAAUUGCAAGCGCUAAGGCUCUUUUGGCCGAGAAGAAGCUCAUAAAGUAGCAAAUGAAAUACAACUUGGUUAGCUUCUUAUUCUUUUUUUCUUUUAUUAUAAUUUUAAAUAUUAACUAAUAUUAAUUUGUUUGAAUUUGAUGUAGAUGUCUAGUGGCAAUGUUUGGGGGGUAGUGCUCCAAUAUUACAAAAGUUUGCAAUUCGCAUUCUAGGACAAACUUCUUCUUCUUCAUGAUGUGAAAGAAAUUGGAGUUUAUUUAAAAGAAUUCAAACCAAAAAAAGAAAUAGGCUAGAACAUGAAAGAUUGAAUGAUCUUGUGUUUGUUAAUUACAACUUGCGUUUGCUAAAUAGGUGAUCAUUAAUUAUUACUCAAAUCUGAAAUAAUUUUCUUUGGCUUCAAUAAUUGAAUGAUUAGGGAUUUGAUUGUGAUUUUUUUAUAUAAUUCAAAAUUGAAGAAGGUGAGUUAUGAUCCUGUUGAUUAUGAAUCAAUUGAUAAGCUUGAAUAUUGGAUAGCUAAAGAAGUUCCAACUCCACAUCCUGACUUCACUGUUGAGGAAAUUCAAAAUGAAGAUUUUCUUAGUGGCAAUGCAUGUCCCUUUGGAUCCGGUCUUGAAUUAAGGAAAAAUGAAGUUUGCUCCUCUUCUUUUUACAUUAAAACUUUGUUUGAUUUAUAGUUUAUUCAUUCAUUAUUUAUAUGUCAAUGCUAACUAUUUUUUUUUUCAAAUAUAUGUCUAGGUGCUGUUGAAGAUGUGAAUGUUCCGUAGUCUCCUAUUUUGGAUUCACCGAAUGCUAUAAGAGUUGAAGGAGAUGUUUGUGAUCUUCAGCAUGAUUUUGGAAAGUUUAAUUUAAAAGAUCUGUAUGGCAAUUGAAUGUUGUAGUUUUUGGAUUGAAUUUGGACCAUUAGAUUGUAUAAGAAUGUUAGAUUGUGGUGUUGUGUUGUGCAUGGCCAUGAAUGACUUUAAAGUUUGAA